AUGUCCGCGGAGCCAGGCACUGUCCUAGAUGCAGCACAAACAGCAGCUCCUAUGUCACUGCCAGACAGCCCAGGAGACCCCGAGGAGAAGGCUCUGGAGCACUCCCUGAGGGCCCUCACCUUCCGGGGUUGGGGUGAGGACGGGAGCCUGCAGUCACCUGGCCCAACUUCCUCCUCCUGGGACCCAGAGAUCCCGAGCCGGGUGCGGGACCGGCUCGGGGCCACCCAGCGGCAGCUGUGCACGAAGGAAACGGAGAACCAGGGGCCCGGGACGCAGCUGAGGCUCCUUCUCAGCCGCCCGCUGCCCCGACCUGUUGCUGGUGGAGAGAAAGCGGCGGCGGCGGAACCGGGACGAAACUUAUUCGCCCCUGCCUCCCCGGCCGGCCUCCCAGCCCCGCUCACCUGCUGGCUUGGCUUUGGCUCCGCGCUGCAGCAAGUCCGGGUGGCUCGCUCACGCCCCGGUCCGCGUCGGACUGCGCAGCCCUGGGCUCGGUCUCUCCGCCGUCCCCCUCCGGGAGGCGCUCGGGGAGCGCAGCUGCCUCGCCAGGCCCCGCCCCCGAGGCCCCGCCCCGACACGCCCCCUGGAGGCCCCGCCCCUGGGCCCUGCUGGCGGGGAGGCCACGCCCCUCGCCCUGCCAGCUCCUCCCGCCUCCAGGUCGCGCCGAGGAGGAAGCCCGCCGCUGUCCUGCCUAACGGCCCGCCCCCCUCGGCCUCUCGUCCUCACCCGCUGGCGGCCUUCCCGGGGCCUCCCAUCCUCCCUGCCUCCUCCUCCUCCUCCAAGGCAGCCCCUGCCCGCCUGAGCCAGGCCACGCCCCGGCCACGCCCCUUCCCCGCGGGGUCCCGGCGCCUCCCCAGGCCAAGGCCCCGCUGCCCCACUCAGGGCGCCGGCCCGGGCCCCGCGCUGGCAGCCCAGGGCGGCUGUAUCCGGGUGCAGCCCGGGGACGGCGUGGGAGCGGCCGGGGCCAGGCGCUUUUUAAAAAAAAACGAGCAGCUACCAUUGGUGGAAGUCCUGUCGGGAAGCAGGCUGGAAGCCAAGCUGCUGUAA